UUUAUUUUGGCUCAGCCACAGUAGGCUACUGUCCCUGUCGCCGCCAUUAACAACCGAGGCAAUGUAAACCAUGGAGCAACUAACAUGACUCAAAUAAAAAGGUGGAUAUCAUUACGUGGGUAAUUGUACAUCUAAUCGUAUGCAAAACGGAAAACAUGUGAAAGAUAAAGUAUCGACAAAAGCAAAUUCGGUAGAACGCGGAGGAACUGGACCCGAGUGGACUGACAGCCCUGUUUGUUGUGGUUUCAGCUUUCGGAAAACGCACUAACGAACGCCUGUCAGCCUGUGCAGCCUCAUCCAUGAUGACGGAACAAGGUGUAAAAUGGGCCUGUGACUACUGCACCUUUGAGAACUGGCCAUCUGCCGUCAAGUGCACCAUGUGCCGUGCCCAGAAACCCAGUGGACCCAUCAUCACGGAGGAGCCCUAUAAGAGCAGUCCUACUCUAGAACCAGGUCCAGAGUGGGACCCUUCAAGGACUGAGGGCAGCAGCAGCCUCCUCAUCUGCCCAGAUUCCAGUGCCAGACCCCGCGUCAGGCCAGUCACCACUGCUGAAACCAGCAGUAAGUGGUCUUGUCAGAUUUGCACUUACCUGAAUUGGCCCCGUGCCAUCCGUUGCACACAGUGCCUAUGUCAGCGCCAGAGGACCCAUAGGUCCACAGAGUCCCCUCAGACUUCAGGCUCCAAUGGCGGCUGCCGUCUUGCACCCUCCUCCCCCGUAGACCCCUGUGAGGAGUACAAUGACAGGAACAGACUCAACACCCACACACAGCACUGGACAUGCUCAGCCUGCACUUAUCAGAACUGGCCUAAGACCAAGAAGUGUGUGGUGUGCGACCACCCAAAGCCCAACAACUUGGAGGCUAUAGAACUGGCUGAAUCUGAGAAUCCCUCUUCCAUCACCUCCAUUGUCAAUGAGCAGGACCGGGCCAGGUGGCGGGGAGGCUGUAGUGGGGACCAGGGCCAGAGAAGGUCCCCCCCUACCUCCAAAAGAGAAUCAGAUGUGAAAAUGGACUUCCAGAGGAUUGAGCUUGCAGCUGGAGCCAUGAGCAGCAGAGAGGAUCAGGAGGUGGAUUUCAAAAAGAUGAAGCAGAUUAAAAACCGCAUGAGGAAAACGGAUUGGUUGUUCCUAAAUGCUUGUGCUGGUGUGGUGGAGGGAGACCUGACAGCGGUGGAGGCCUACAAGUCGUCUGGUGGCGACAUUGCCCGCCAGCUCAACGCCGAUGAGGUGCGCCUCCUCAACCGACCCUCAGCCUUCGACGACAGCUUCACCCUGGUCCAUCUGGCCAUCCGCUUCCAGAGGCAGGACAUGCUGGCCAUCUUGCUGACAGAGGUGAGCCAGCAGGCAGCCAAGUGCAUCCCGGCCAUGGCAUGCCCUGAGCUGACGGAGCAGAUCCGCAGGGAAAUUGCCGCCUCGCUGCACCAGCGCAAGGGAGAUUUUGCCUGCUACUUCCUAACUGACCUAGUCACCUUCACGUUGCCUGCCGACAUCGAAGACCUGCCCCCAGCUGUCCAGGAAAAGCUGUUUGAUGAAAUUUUGGACCGAGAUGUACAGAAAGAGCUGGAGGAGGAGUCCCCGGUCAUCAACUGGUCCUUGGAGCUAGGGACUCGUCUGGACAGCCGGCUGUACGCGUUGUGGAACCGUACGGCCGGGGACUGUCUGCUGGACUCAGUCCUCCAGGCCACAUGGGGGAUCUAUGACAAGGACUCGGUUCUGCGCAAGACGCUCCACGACAGCCUGCACGACUGCUCCCACUGGUUCUACUCUCGUUGGAAGGAGUGGGAGUCAUGGUACUCUCAGAGCUUUGGUCUACACUUCUCCCUGAGGGAGGAGCAGUGGCAGGAGGACUGGGCCUUCAUCCUCUCACUGGCCAGUCAGCCAGGAGCCAGCCUGGAGCAGACCCAUAUAUUCGUCCUUGCACACAUCCUUCGCAGACCAAUCAUCGUCUAUGGAGUGAAAUACUACAAGAGUUUCCGAGGAGAAACGUUAGGCUACACUCGUUUUCAAGGUGUGUACCUGCCCCUCCUUUGGGAGCAGAGUUUCUGCUGGAAGAGCCCCAUCGCCCUGGGUUACACACGGGGCCACUUCUCUGCCCUGGUUGCCAUGGAGAACGACGGCUAUGACAAUCGUGGCGCUGGCGCAAACCUGAACACCGAUGACGACGUCACCGUCACUUUUCUGCCGCUGGUGGACAGUGAGAGGAAGCUGCUGCACAUCCACUUCCUGUCCGCGCAAGAGAUGGGCAACGAGGAGCAGCAGGAGAGGCUGCUGAGAGAGUGGCUGGAUUGCUGCGUGACAGAGGGAGGAGUGCUGGCCGCCAUGCAGAAGAGCUCCCGCCGCCGCAACCACCCCCUGGUCACUCAAAUGGUUGAGAAGUGGCUGGAUGGAUACCGGCAGAUCCGCCCCUGUGCCUCACUCUCCGACGGCGAGGAAGACGAGGAGGAGGAGGACGAGUGAGGACCGGGGGGAGAGGGCGCUGUGGGACGCAAGCUAAGGAGGUUGGACUUCUCCUCCCCUAGUCCGGGAGGACAGAGCACACGCAGGCAGAGUUCCUCCUCAUCCUUACGAAGGAUGAGAUGUGCCGUCACCACAGACGCACUGGAGAGAGAGGGCUAGCUGCCCGAAGGACCUGGGGAGGCGCUGAUCAUGAACAGGGACCGCCAACAUCAACAAUCCACCAGUUCCAGAGGACAAAAUGCUAGAUACAGAAUUACUGCUUCAAAAAUUGUAUCAUUAGUACAAAUAAAGGAGUACAGUCGCUUAUGUAAAUCCCAACAAGAUUCCGUUUUCCUCCCCCCUUCCCCUUAACAAGUUUACCCCCAACCCACCCACACAAACACUGCCCAGUUUAAUAAUGCAUGUGUUCUGCGAUACAACUAACACAAUCUUUUCUGUUUGCGAACCCUUGUGAGCGAACACAAAACAUAUUACAGGAUUUUCAUCACCGGUCGGAUCCUCUUCAAACUCCAAUCCACUCCUUUAUUUUUGGAAUUGAGCUAAAACCAGAAGUCCCUACCCCCACAUAUAGUUCAUAAUUAAAGAAUACCUAUUGCUGCACUCGUUGAGAAAUUCUAUUUAGAGAUAUUGCCUGACAGAAUUUGCUUAUAAGCCCCGAGCAUUUAUCCCUGUGUGUGUGUGUGUGUGUGUCUUAUGAGGUUAAAGAGCAUCUAUUUUUCUUGUUUGUGUUUUUGUAAACCUUCCAACUACUUCAGGAGGUUGGACAAUAUUUAUUUGUUUAGGAGGGCUAACGUGCGAAGGUGUUCAAUACUUAAUUCAGUCUGUAAUUGGAUUGUUUGUUUUGUUAGCUUUUUCUGUUUUGAUUGUCUUGAAGACAUUGUACGUUGCACAAAAAAAAUACCCUUCCACAUGAGGGGAAAAAACUUCAGUUUACUGAUUUGUAUUUGUUUUGUUUUUUUAAUAUGUGAUUUAGUACCUCGUUUUGAUGUUGAUGUGGGUGGGAGGAGAAGCAAAAACCAAACACCUCUUUCUAAAGAGUGCAUUAACAUUAAAUUGACUCACUCAUA